AUGGCCUCCAAACACGACAUCGUGUCUAUCAUGAACCGUCACACUGGUAUGGUGUUGGAGCAGAAUCUCCUGAACAACUCCAUUCAGGCGUUCGAUUCCGACCUGGAUGAAUCAGCACACCAGUGGUUUCGCGUCCCAAUCGGCGGUGGCUACUUCGUCUACAAGAACGUGGCUACAGGCAAUGUUCUCGAACAUUGGGACCUCAAGGAAGGUUCUGGCAACACAGUAGCCAUGAGUGACGACGUGAACGGCCCCAAGCGCCAAUGGUUUGAAGCCAAGCUCGGCGACAUCUUCAUCGGGCUUCGAAAUCGCGCUAGUCGGCUAUAUAUCGAUCAUUAUGGCUCGAGAGAGAUUCGGACAAGUGGCGAGGGUUGCAAUUACGUCGAGCAUCGUUACCAUGAAGAAUUUUGA